AUUAAAACCCUUAUUAAAGAUGACUAGUAUGCUUAGAAUCGGAAACAGAAUUGGCUGUGGCUCCUACGGAGAUGUCCAUGAAGCUAUCGACAUCAAAAAGCAGAAAAGAGUUGCAGUAAAAAUCUUCAAAGACUCCUUUGAAGAUGUUCAAAAGUGUAUGGAUCAACCUGAAGUCAAGGUUAUGACAAAAUUAAAGCAUCCAAAUAUCAUGGGGUUAAAAAAGGUAAUAUAUGAACAAAAUAAGCUCUACUUGGUCAUGGAGCUCUGCUCCAUGACCUUGUCAGACCUUCUCACUAAGAAGUUGAAGAACAAGGGAAAAUUGUCAAUAGAAACCAUCCAGAGGUAUAUGAUUGAGAUCGUGCAAGCUGUUCAAUGUUUGCACUCGCAUGGCUACCUUCAUAGGGACUUGAAACCUGACAACAUCUUAAUUUCAGAUAAUGGUUCACUGAAAUUAACUGAUUUUGGCACUAUUAAGAACAUGAAGGAUAAGCUACCAUUCACCAAUUAUGUGUCUACAAGGUGGUAUAGAGCACCGGAAUGAAUCCUUGAAGUCAAGAAAUACGAUGAAAAAUCUGAUGUAUUCGCUCUUGGAUGAAUUUUUGCUGAGAUGUUCAAGAUGAAACCUCUGUUCUGAGGUAGCUCCUCCUCUGACCAACUAAGGAAAUACAUUGAAGCAAUGGGUGACAAACAGAUUAAGAAGUGGAAAGAGGGAAGUAAAUUGAUGAAGAAGUUCUGGGGAAGUAAGUCUAAGGCUUCCUCCAGUAAAUUACAAGAUCUAAUGAUCGGAAUACCUUACAACGCAUUUGAUCUCUUAACCCAAAUGCUGUGCAUCGACCCUUCAAAGAGGAUCAGUUUGGAUAUGGUCCUUAAGCAUUCCUUCUUUGGAGAAAAACCCAGCUUGCUCAAAAGAAACGUAUUUGGCUCGGAUUUGGAAAAAAGAGGCCAUAUUGCCGAGUCUGGUGAAGAGGAGAACAAUAAACUCGAAAACUCCGAGUUAAAAUUUAAACCGAAAAAGAUUAUUAAAAACUAUAUCACCAAAUUGAAAGAUAGAGAAAACCUGAACUUAUCCAUGGUCAAUGAGUGUGAGAAUGAGACCUCAAGAGAGAUGACACCUUACAAGAAAUAUAGGAAGCGUAUUUCCCAAGAGAGAAGUAAAAGCAAGUUCGCCCUCCAGAAAGAACCUACUAUAAGUAUGGAAGAUCAAAUGAUGGUCGGUUUGGCAACUUCUAGGGAAACUAAUAUUCUUUCAGAGAGGAUGAAAGAUAGUUCAGCUUCUUCUUCAGGCCUGAGGAGGAUUUCUAGCCUUCCACGAUUUACUUCUUCUACCAAUGCUAGGAAUUUUAUACCUAGUUCAGAGAAUUGGAGAUCUAAGGACGCCCAAGAAUCGACUUAUAAUUUCCCAAAUGGUGGCAGCCGCUCAAAUCAAUCAAGAUCUAGCUCUAGCGGGGAUGAACUUGAUUUCUUAAAGAAAAAGAUUGAGGAGAAGAAGACAUUGUCUCCACCUAGCUUAAAGGACUACCUUAAUAUUCCCAUCAAGGGACAGUCUAGGAGUUCUAUGAGCAUUAGUAGAGAAACUAACAUUGCCAAAAUCGACAAAUAUUUCCAAGACAUUAACGGAAACAGCAUUUUGAGUACACUGAACUCAUCAAAUGAGCUCUUCUCCAACCUGACAAGAAAGGAUGACUCUCAUAGGAGUUCCAUCGGGAGUACAGGACAUACAGUCCGUGGUAUAAAUGCUGCUAAUCAGGUUAUUUUUGGUACUUCGCACCAAAACUUCCCUGAACAUCCCUCCUUGAGCUUGAAUGAUAAUCAUCGAUAUAAUCAAGGGAGAAAAUACUAAAUAAAGUUACUUUAGUAAUAAUUUAAGUUUCA